AGCCGAUUCAGGACUCUCUCAUAGUAAGAAGGUGCGCGUGAUCACGCGUCAUAGCUCCUUCCUCACUUCACCAUUGUGACGCGUCUUGGACUCUGCGGCUGCGCGAAAACUCGCACUCCCACCAAUACGGCCACCUCAAUCCUUGCUGCUCCUACAUCCACUACAGAUCUUCCUUGACUACCCACUUUGCAUCGCCUGUCAUCAUGGCUGACGCGAACGGACAAUCGCUCUGCGCGAUGUGCGACGAGCCCAGCACUCAGCUGUGUGGUGGCUGCAAGUCUAUCAGAUACUGCUCCAAAGCUUGCCAGAAGCUCGACUGGCGCAUCCACAGACUCAUCUGCAAGACCUACAUUGACUUCUUUGCCGGCCGCCCUGACAGAGAGCACCACAGCAUGAUCUACUUCCCAGUGGGUGAGCCACAGCCUCGCUUCAUCUGGGUGCAUAUCGACGACGGCCACAACCAUCCAAGCCUUGAAGAACUUGCAAAGCACAACAUCGCUAUUGACUGUUCCGAUACCGAAGGUCGCUUUCCGGUCAAGAGUUUCCGCGAGAAUUUCGUUCUCGGCCGCCCUCUCGACCCACACUACAUCACGAUCAUACUUCCGUCUACUGCUCAAUGCUGCCCCUGCUGCAAGGAAACGCAUAAAUCCAACGACAGUCUCCUUAAAAUUGACGCUGAGCUUGCGGACACGCUCCGCGGUCCGUUUCUGGCUUGGGGGGUGCACCAUGCAGACUAUGAAGCACACAAAACUAGUCCUGUCGACCUUGGCCCUUUAGACUUUCGUCAUAUGGUCGAUGAGCUGAGGUUGCAUUACGAAGAGGUCCAGGAAAACUGGCGUAAGUGUGGAACCGAACGGCCCAACUACAAUGGCAUCAAUGGAGUUCGCGUGAACUGCGAGGGCGACGAGCAAGUCCUCUGCCGACCCAGUCUCGAGAAUUACAACGCACCAGUGUCUGCCCUCGGCGAGGAGUCUGCACUUCUCACACCUAUUGCUGAUCGACUUGGUAUGCCACUCCACAUAUCGACAGUUGCACCUGCGCCAGCCUGGCGCGAUAGACGAUUGAAGUCACGAAUGCACAACUGCUUCUCGGCCUAUCUCAACCCGUUCAUCUCCAUGCAAGACAACAUCGGCUCGUUGAUCAUUCUUCGCAAGGACGGAGGAGACCUCGGCCCUAUGAUGCUUCGGAGUUUCUUCAUACUUGUCGCGUCUAAGCUGGAAUUGGAUUGCACGAAAACUCCCGUUCCAGUCAGUCGCCUAGCUAAAUUCAAGAAGGAGGAUACUCAAUCAUGGGUCGCGGCGAUGAAAGAUUAUGAGAUGGUUCCGGAUCGCCUGAUCUCCGCAAAGGAAUGGCCCCCAAACGGAGAGCAAGAUGAAGACAAUGAAAUGGAGGAUGCAUGAGUCCGGCAUCUCGCUCCGUCGACAGUCAGACUUUUUACCGCAACUAUGUGUUAGCUGAAGACUGAGAUUUCACUGCUGGGCAAUACGAUCAUGGGAAAAUGUAUACUCGCAAGGCUACACAUAUACCACGCAAAUAG